UUUCUUUAAUUUCUACGUUUAACAAUGGCUGCUGUUAAUGUUUCAAUGAAUCUUAUGACCACACAAAUUCCCACCCACCAUGCCUUGACACAUAACACAAUAAAAUAAUCCAUUUGGACCAAAGGCGCAUACAGCUGCACUUUUACGCACUAACUCUCAUAAGAGAGAGAGAGAAUGAAUCACGGGCCAUCAAUUAGGCCUAUCGCAUGAGAUUAUACUCUGACACCUGCAGCGCAGUCGCAACUUUGCAGAGGGCGUCACAGACUCCGAGUGAAGAUGCUCUCACCAAGGAGAGGCUGUAUUAUCACCGAGAGGCAGAGAGCGCACUGGUCUGCUCAGAUGCGUCACAAAAUGCUUAUGCUCUAAAGGACUGAACUAUUUCAAAUAAGGUAUCUGGAAUCACUCUUAAAGAAUAAAAAAGGGAUUUCGGUUAUAGGCUGCUUCAAAUGCAUUUUACCUCGGAAGCAGGCACUUGGUAAUACUUCUCAACUUUGAUGUACUUGGGAUUUUACCGAUGGAUUUCUUUAACGAGUCUAAUUUUUCUCUAGGAGACACUAAUUCAACAACAACAGCUGUAGACGGGGCCCUUCAUUGCAGUGCCAUCCUCCCUGUCAUCUAUGGCAUCAUCUGCUUUCUGGGUAUCAUGGGGAACUGCAUCGUCAUCUAUACCAUCAUGAAGAAGACCAAGUGUCGUGCCAAACAAACUGUUCCAGACAUCUUUGUCUUAAAUUUGUCAAUUGUCGAUCUCCUAUUUCUCUUCGGGAUGCCAUUCCUAAUCCACCAGUUGCUGGGCAACGGUACCUGGCACUUUGGAGCUGCUAUGUGUACGGUCAUCACUGCGCUUGACUCCAAUAGCCAGAUUGUCAGUACUUACAUCCUCACUGCAAUGACUCUCGACCGUUACUUGGCUACAGUCCAUCCCAUCCGCUUCAACUACAUCCGCACACCCUGUGUGGCUGUGCUGGUCAUUGGCCUGGUGUGGGGUCUGUCCCUGCUCACCAUCAUCCCCGUGUGGAUGUAUGCAGGCCUGAUGCCGCUCCCAGAUGGUCUGGUGGCCUGUGCGCUACUGCUGCCCAACCCAGUGACUGACACAUACUGGUUUACACUUUAUCAGUUCUUCUUGGCCUUUGCUAUACCUUUAGCCAUCAUCUGCCUGGUGUUCUUCAAGAUCCUCCAGCACAUGUCCACCAGCGUGGCACCAUUGCCUCCACGGAGUUUGAGGGUACGUACCAGGAAGGUGACCCGAAUGGCAGUAGCCAUCUGCCUGGCUUUCUUCAUCUGCUGGGCCCCUUACUACAUCCUCCAGCUGGUCCAUCUGGGGGUGCAGAAGCCAAGCCUUGCUUUCUCCUAUGCCUACAACAUAGCCAUUAGCAUGGGCUAUGCUAACAGCUGCAUCAAUCCAUUCCUUUACAUUAUCCUCAGUGAGACUUUCAAGAGGCUCUUUCUCAGAGCAGUACGCCCAGUUAAUAGAAAGUUUCGUGUGAAUCCGAGCACCACAGAUGGCGGAAGUGUGAGUGUGAGAAUGGUGCCUGACGGGGCUCAGCAGGAGCCAGUCUCUCGGGAGAUGAUACCAUCCAAUGUGACCCCACAGUGAACAGUCAACCAAUCAGAGUCAAAAUAACUUCAUCACUGUGAGCUGUGUAACCGACUAUGAAUGGGACAUUGGCACAAGAACACAUUUACAUACUGUUUGUGAACAGUAAUGUCAGCUCCAGUCUAUAAUUUUAUUCAAACAAGAUGUUCAAUUAGACUCGAUGUCGCUGAUUCACACAGCUUUGUUUUUUGGAAACCUGACAAGUCUGCUGUAGGUUCUUAAUGAGCUCAAACACAGUCCAGUUCAGUCGUUUACACCUGCAAAAUCCCAAAAAUAGUCAAACAGGCCUAUCUGUUGGACUAGAAUGUACCAUAUUUUAAUUGAGAUGAGUUUGCACAGCUUCCAGCAUCAGGCCCAUAUAUAGCCAAGAGAAAUAUAGUUAAUAAAACCCCUUAGUUUUUAAGUCAAACCUGUCAUGACAAUCCUGAGAUCUUCCUUUUUUUAAAAAAACAAGAUGGGUAAACGAUUGCACUACUGGCCUGGGUUUAAGACCAAUGAGAAACUGAUACAGAGCAGAUAGUUCCUCAAUACUAAAUGUCUGUUUGGAUUGAAUACACAGAAAAAUUUCAACUGUUUUCUUUCAGUGAAAUUUAAACACCUGUUAUUUUUUUGCUACCUGUGUUUCUUGGGCACAAAUUGACAGUGUUUCUGUUAUUUUCCUCCAUUCUGCUCCAGUCUCUGGACAUUCUUGAAGUGGAUUCAUACAGCUUGGUAUGUUUUUGCAUCCACUCACAUCUUUCUAAUGUCUUUGAACAUAAAACUGAAUACAUCUCAAAGCUAAUGGUGAGGUUCAUGGCUGUAAAUGAUGAGUGAUAUAGAGAUGCUACCCAUAAAGAUCAGGCAACAUUUUCCUCCAGUCUGGAUCCUCAUUAGGCCGGAUUGUUCCAAAAUAGUUACCAUAGCGAAAUACCAAUAGAUCACAGCUGCUCAAUGGCAACAACAUAAAACAUAAAAUAAUUGCAGCUCAGGGUGGCAAUUGAAAGUGUAACAUCACUGUAAAUAUUACAUUAUGAAUAUACACACUUAAACACACUCUUUAUGUUCAAUCAAAGGGACUCUGCAGGACAUAAAGUACAAUACAUGAGGUGAUACAUAACACUACACACCUUCCAUGUAACUUAGAUUUCAUAACAUACCAGACACACUGUACAUGCUGUUGUACUGAAAAUGGACAGAGAUGAAUGAGAUGAGUUACAUAACAUGUUCGUUUGUAAAGACUUGCACAGAUGUAAUGUAACUUGAUAAUUCUUGUCGAUUAUUGUGUCCUAUGAUCUUUUUAAAUGUAAAAUCCAACAUCUGAAGAACAUACUGUAAGGUUGGAGAUUGUCCUGGAUCAUGACUUUCUAAAAACAAGGAUGCAAAAAUGGC